AGAGAGAGGGAGGCACAGAAUCCAAAGCAGGCUCCAGGCUCUGAGCUGUCAGCACAGAGCCCGAUGCAGGGCUCAAAACCACAAACUGCGAGAUCAUGACCUGAGCCAAACUUGGACACUUAAAACCGACUGAGCCACCCAGGCGCCCCUCAAGUGUUCUUAAUAUGCCCAACUAAGUUAGUGGAUGAGGCGGGAACUUGGUAAGAUGCUUAUUUCCUGCUCUUUCCUCAGAGUGGUAGUACAAUAAGUAGUGUAUCAUCCUUUACUAUGACCAGGAAGAAUUUGGUUUACCCUUUGCCAGCACACAGCAGGAAAGAUCUAUGCUGGGAUCCCAGUUUCUCAGAAAAUGCCCACAUAUUAAAAACCUGAACUGAAUGUAUAAGAGAAAGUGGAAUAUGUGGUUUGUAAAGUGUGAAAGCUAAUACAAUUUUUUUCUUCCUCAAAUCUUAAAUUUGUUCAAAUUCAUAUUUGGGAAAUUUUGUGGGGACAUUGUGCUAUUUUGUUUGUGCUUUUUGUUUUGUUUUUGUUUUUCCUAAGUAAAAUUUAAUCCUUCGAUUGGAGUGCUGACUUUUCAGGGCAUGAAAGAAAGCAUGGACUUUGGUUUGAGGGCAUUAAGACAAACCUUGGAAUCCCAGAUCAGCCACUUGUUAAUUGUGUGAUCUUGGGCCAGUUACUUGGCUCAACUUUGGUUUCCUUGUAUGUAAAGAGGACAUACCAUAUCUCCUUGGCCAGAUUCUUGUGAGGAUUUGAUACAGUAUUUAUAAAGCACCUAGGGGCACCUAGGUGGCUCAGUUGGUUAAGCCUCUGACUUCAGCUCAGGUCAUGAUCUCACAGUUCCUGAGUUUGAGCCCCAUGUCAGGCUCUGUGCUGACAGCUCAGAUUCUGACUCCCUCUCUCUCUAACCCUCCCCUGCUCGUGCUCUCUCAUUCUCUCUCUCUCAAAAAUAAAUAAACAUUAAAAGAAUUCUAAAGCACCUAACAGAAAAUAGAGAUUCAAUAAAUGAUAGCUAGCUUAAGUAAUUUUUCCCUAUUGUAUAACAGGGACAUUGGGCACGACAAAUCAGACUUUGUCUUAUAAUAGUAGCUGAGUAUUCUUUAAAAGUGACUUCUGACUUUGACAGUGAAUCUCAUUUGCUUUGAAUUAAUUAUAAGAUGGAAAAUUCAGGCUGUGUAAGCAACUAGAACAUAGUAUUAUUCAGAUCAUCACCUUGGAUUUGAAUUUCACUUAGGCCUGUUAGUUCUGCUUCUAGGGCCACACACUAUACCUCAUCCCUCCUCACAACCAUCUUACAAAGAUGUGCCUUUAUUCACAGGUAGGAUCAAAUGAGAAAAAAGUUCAAGGUUUGUCUCACUGAUGACUUCAUGUUACCUAAGCUAAUAUGUUUACCUAGUAAAGACCCAAAUGUAAAAACAGUACUAAACAACGUUUAGAAUUAUUUGUUAGUCUUCUACAAACAGUGCUUAUUCUCAUAGGAAAUUCAUUGCCUGUGAACAGUGCGUAAGUGUCCACACUGAAGACUCAAAGGUGUUUACCUGCAAGCAGGUAUGACUGAGAUAGUGGAAAGACAGGUUUUCCUGCUCACCCACAGUUCUUAUUUCUGAAAUGACUCCUAAUGCCUCCUUAAACUGAGAGAUAACCAGUGCAGGAAGGUUUUUCUCUCCUUGGCAGAAGUGUUAGUUGCUUUGGGCUUCCCUCCUGAUAUCUUCUACCUGGAGAGAAGGACCUUUGGAAGGAAUGUUGACCAGGUCUUCUCUGUUUAUUGACCUAGAUUUUCUUGUAUGCUAGUGUCUUGUAAUCAAUCCAAGUCUGUUUAAGGUUAUUAAAUGCAUAUUGGUUGCUAAAAAGAUUGUCAUGGUUUGUGAUAGGCUCAAUUCAGAUAUUCAUGGAACCAGGAAAUCUCAAAGCAUCCAGAUUUUUCUUUGUUUUCACUAUUCUAUAUUUCAAGAAUGUGUCAGUGACCUACAGUCUUGGUGUUGUACGUACAGAAGCCAGGGCUCUUUGGCAUUGUGAUUCCAGGAACUAUUCAGUGUAAGUUUAAAGAUUUUAAUGACUGCUUACUAGGUUAUAAAGUAUUGCAUGGUGAAACUAUAAACUGUCCCCUUUAAGCUUUAAUGUAUAAGAUGGAAGUAUGUAUGUCUAGAAAGGAAUCGACCUAUAAUUAAAUGUGAAUGUGUUAAACGAAGACUUGUGUUCAGUAUUUGGGUACAUAAAUUCUGCUUCUUUGAAAGGGUGAUUUUGUCUUACUGAAUGCCCAGUGCCUGGAUCGCUGCCUGACAUGUGGAAUACUUUGACUGAAUAUUUACUGAAUGAGAAAAUUAGUCAAUGAAUAGCUUUGGGUCCAGAUGUAGGAUAAUGUUGAAAGAUUUUAAAUAGAAAUGAAUAAACCUGGGGUAUUUUGUUUUCCUUAGUAAUUUGCUGAUUUUCUUCCUAAUUGUAAAUAAUCAUAUAUAUAUAUGCAUUUUUACGUUGUACCAGUUUGCUUUCCCUCUAACAGUAUGAGAAAUGCCUGUUUACCUACAGAACCUGAUUCUUAGCAUUUUUUCUUUGGGCUCAAUCUCAAGUUAGGAUGCAACAUUUGUGAAAUUUUAAUAUUAUAUUUGUAUGUAAUAUACAUAUAAAAUGUCAUUAUAAUAUUCAAGGAGAAUUUUUUUCUUUUAGUUUUCAAAAAUCAAGGUAUCCUUCUGAAUGAAAUUCCUAAAAUAGAAUAAAUCGUCUUGGCAUAUAUUUCUUGAAGUUGUAGCUUCCACCUUAAAACCAGAUCCUUAAAUAGAAAAAAUACUUGUUUUCAAUUGUCCAAAACAUUUUCAAAGAAAAUCGUUAUCAUCCCUUAUCUCAUUAUUUAUUGCAGCUCAGAAAGGAAGCACCUAACUUUUUGCUAUCAAGGUAUAAAUGCCUCAUUGGAUAAUACAGACAUGUAUGUGGGUAGGUGAGUUGGUUGGUUGGUGAGUUAAUAAUGUAUGAUAAUAUGCCCUUAGGAUGUUCCAGGAUGGGAGGCUUUUUAAAAAUAUAACAUAAUUUUAUCUUUUACUUAGAAACAUAAUACAUACUUUAUGCAGAAACUUGGUAGGGGCGCCUGGGUGGCCCAGUUGGUUAAGCGUCCGACUUCGGCUCAGGUCAUGAUGUCAAGGUUCAUGAGCCCCAUGACAGGCUCCGUGCUGACAGCUCAGAGCCUGGAGCCUGCUUCAGAUUCUGUGUCUCCUUCUCUCUGUCCCUCCCCCACUCACCCUCUGUCUCUAUCAAAAGUAAAUAUUAAAAACAAUUAAAAAAGAAAUUUGGUAAAUACAACAACUUCAAAAGCGGGGGUGGGGCAGGGGAUUGCCAUUAAUUGGAAAGGAUUUUACUUUUUUAGCAUCAAGGUUUUUUUCUUGCACUUCUAUCCAGUCUGAAAAGUCAGGUUUUGUACCUUGGAGAAGGAGAUUGUAAAUGCCUUAGAGUAUGAUAUUUAACUUGAAAAUCUGCUUUGGCUUUUCUUAAAACACCACCUUUAGUAAAGAGCUUUGAUAGCUAGGUAUAUGAGGGUAAAAGAUGGAAGUGAAUUAUGUGCUUACUAAAUUAAUCUAACUGCCUCUUUCAUCAUCUUUGCAAUGAAGUAUUACCCAGUGUUAAUUGUCCUCCUGUUAUCUAGCCCUUUUAUCCCAAAGUGAGGGAAUUGAUGAGGAUAGGUGCAUUGUGUUAUGUCUGAUCACAGUUUGACUAGCACAGUCUGGAAGUGGGUUGUACAGGAUGAGAGCAGCAGCUUAAUUGCUCUCCCUGCAUCAGCAGCAUCUAUAAAGCAUCCUGGGAAUUGCUCGCCCUACGUUCAGAGCAGCUGGUCACAUGAGCCUGGAUUUUCAGUUCAGUUCAUUAGUCAGCCAUUUUGGUCAACACCCUGCUUACUGCGCACAACCAAUCCUAUUAGAACUCAGCAUCCCGGCUCAUCUGAGCAGAUCCUGGAAGUGAUUUCUGCAGUUCAGGAUAUUUUUUAAGCUAAAUUGAAAAUAUUGGUUUAUUUUUUGGGAUUUUGGGGGGUAUUUUUUUUCCUGCACAAAGGAGGAUUUUUCACUUAUUCAUUCAGAGACCAGUUUUUUAAAGCCAGCUAAGGUGGCAUCGGCUGUGCAACGUUUAAAGCCUAUAGCCCAGCUGAAAAAGGAGGGGGCAGGGAAGAGAAGAUAAAAGAACAGAAGCUAGAGAAAACAGGCAUCAUUUUAUUUUGCUAUGUGGUAGGAACUGUCUAUGAGAAAAGAUAGUAGAGGAUUGCUUGUCUUGAACAGUUGGUUCUUAAACCGUAAGGUAUUUUUCCUUGUGUUUUGUUUUAAUCUCCCCCACCCCUUUUCCUGAGAGCUUUGUUUCAGAGCUUUGGAUUUGGGGUUUUGGGGUAAGGAGGUUUUAUUUAUUUUUGUUGGGGUGAGUGUGUGUGUGUUUGUGUGUGUGUGUUGUGGUCCCAGCUGAGUCAUCAUGUCUGCUCUGACGCCUCCAACUGAUAUGCCAACCCCCACCACUGACAAGAUCACACAGGCUGCCAUGGAGACCAUCUACCUUUGCAAAUUCCGAGUGUCUAUGGAUGGAGAAUGGCUCUGCCUGCGAGAGCUGGAUGACAUCUCACUUACACCUGACCCAGAGCCUACCCAUGAAGACUCUUGGGAGGAUUUGACAGAUUUGGUGGAGCAAAUGCGCGAUGAUACAGAAGAUCCUAAUUAUCUCAUGGCUAACGAACGCAUGAACCUGAUGAACAUGGCCAAGCUGAGUAUCAAGGGCUUGAUUGAAUCAGCUUUGAACCUGGGAAGAACUCUGGACUCAGACUAUGCACCCCUCCAGCAGUUCUUCGUGGUGAUGGAACAUUGCCUGAAACACGGCUUGAAGGCUAAGAAAACUUUUCUUGGACAAAAUAAAUCCUUCUGGGGGCCUCUAGAACUGGUAGAAAAGCUUGUUCCAGAAGCUGCAGAGAUAACAGCAAGUGUUAAAGAUCUUCCAGGACUUAAGACACCAGUAGGCAGAGGAAGAGCCUGGCUUCGUUUGGCAUUAAUGCAAAAGAAACUCUCAGAAUACAUGAAAGCUUUGAUCAAUAAGAAGGAACUUCUCAGCGAAUUCUAUGAACCCAACGCCCUCAUGAUGGAAGAAGAAGGAGCCAUAAUUGCUGGUCUCUUGGUGGGUCUCAACGUCAUUGAUGCCAAUUUCUGUAUGAAAGGAGAAGACUUGGACUCUCAGGUUGGAGUUAUAGAUUUUUCAAUGUAUCUCAAGGAUGGGAACAGCAGUAAAGGUAGUGAAGGAGAUGGCCAAAUUACUGCAAUUCUGGAUCAGAAGAACUAUGUAGAGGAACUCAACAGACAUCUAAAUGCUACUGUAAACAACCUUCAGGCAAAAGUGGAUGCAUUAGAAAAAUCCAACACUAAACUGACAGAGGAGCUUGCAGUUGCAAACAACAGGAUUAUUACCUUGCAAGAAGAAAUGGAACGAGUUAAAGAGGAAAGCUCCUACAUAUUGGAAUCCAAUCGGAAGGGUCCUAAGCAGGACAGAACUUCAGAUGGGCAAGCACUGAGUGAAGCCAGAAAGCAUUUAAAGGAGGAGACACAGUUGCGACUGGAUGUUGAAAAAGAACUGGAGAUCCAGAUCAGCAUGCGACAGGAGAUGGAAUUGGCUAUGAAGAUGCUGGAGAAGGAUGUCUGUGAGAAGCAGGACGCCCUGGUGUCUCUGCGACAGCAGCUGGAUGAUCUCAGGGCUCUCAAGCAUGAACUUGCCUUUAAGCUGCAGAGUUCAGACUUAGGAGUGAAACAGAAAAGUGAAUUAAACAGUCGCUUGGAAGAGAAGACUAAUCAGAUGGCUGCUACCAUCAAACAACUCGAACAAAGUGAAAAGGAUUUGGUGAAACAGGCAAAGACCUUAAAUAGUGCAGCGAAUAAACUGAUCCCCAAACAUCAUUAGGCACUUUGCAAGUGGUCACCUCGCAAGUCUGACGUACAACUUAAUUGUAAAGAAAGAAAUCUGGAAGUUACUACAUUUAGGCUCUGAUUCUACAUAAAAUGUCACCAAAAAUUGACUUUGAAUUUGUUGGGACUUUAAAAAAAAAGAAAGGAAAAAAAAACCAGUUUGAUAUAUAGGCUGUGGGUUUUUUUCUUUAUUUUCUCCCCAGAGUUAGAAACCUUAGUAUAAGUUCUCAAUUAAUUGCCAAAUAAACUUUGAGAAAUUACUUCUGAGUUGACCGAUAAACACACCAUUUAAAAAACACACACACAAGAAAAGCCUAGGGAAUUAAUUAAAACCCAGUGUGCAGAUUUUAUUGAUGCCUUUACAAGCAGUCCCUGACCAUAUCAGAUUCUAGGUGCAUUGUGUGUACCAGCAGGCCUGCUCGGCCACUGCGACGUAGUGAACAGGAGGUGACAGCAUAUGGACUAGCACUCUCCUAAAAUAGCUCUGUGUCUCCUAGGCCCUGGCCCCUUUCCACUUCUGUUGUGUAGGUUUACUCCCCAAGCCACGGAUAAGUACUUAGCAUCUCACUACAGUUCUAUUCUCAGUAACCAAGAUUGCUUGCAACUUUUUUGCCUUAGUGACUUUGGGGGGGGAGGGGGUGGGAAACCCGCAUCAUUACAUUUCUUUAAAGUACAUAGAGAUAAAGGUAGUGAUUAGGUAACUUAUGAUAACGUAAUAAUGUGGAAGCUUGGAAAACCCUCCUAAUAUUUGUCAUCUUCUACCUCUGCCAUUUUCCUGCAGUGCCACUUCCUAUUUAGGUAGCUCAGAGAGAACAAUUUUAAUGAAAAACUCGUCUAUUAAAAAAAACAAAACAAAAAAAACACACAAAAAAAAAACACUACACAAUUUUCAAAUCUAUCUUGCUUUUCCUUUUGAAGCAAAGACAACAAGGUAUAGACAUGAGUGAUGGUUCCCCACCUGUCAUUCCUUGCUGGAAACAUUGACUUAAGAGCUUCUAUUACUUUCUGUUCAGAUGGGGAUUUGCUAGUCUCUAGGAAACUAACUAUCUGAUUUUAUUAGAAAACCAUCUCAAGGUAGGAAAUAGAUACAUAAUAAACUCUUUAUUAUUAUUUAGUCUAAAAGCAAACAUUCCCAGUAGAUAACCACAAGAGUGAUUAAUUAGCAGGGCUUCUUUUUCUAAGUGACCCCAGAUCUACCCCUUUCUAGGCUUUGCAUUGUAAAUAAUCCUAUAAAUACUUGGAUUUUUUUUUUUAAUGACUUUUGAUAUGGGGGAACAGGCUGUACAUAAGCCUUCAUUCCUUCAAAAAGUCUUGACAAAAAAAUGUUUUUUUCUCAUUUUGGUAUGAUUUGCAGCAUUUCAGCUGCUUAGGUGGGAACAAAUAUAACCCCCCUUUGCUUCCAGCUUUUGAAACUCUUUACCUUCUUCUUGGAAAAACCAGAAUUAAGAGAGUAAGAUAGAUUUCACUUGUGCUUCUAUAGGUCCUUACAGACUUGAACCAAAGUCAAGUCAAAGAGCAUAUGACUAACCUCAUGGAAUAUCCUGUGCUCUUGAACUUAUUUUAGUUCUUAUAAUUUUGCACCUGUUCUUAUCUUCAUCAACCUUUUGUGGUGAUGAAUUGCCUUUUCUAUGAGCAUUUGGGAGGAGUGCUCAAACACUAAAAUAAAACAUUUUAAAGACUACAGAUAGCAUGCUUUCAAAUUCUAUUAUAUAGAGCCCCAGAGGUUUCACCUUUUAGAACAUGCUUCUUUAUAGGUGCAAAGUUAUGGGAUAUAUAGAAGAAAACAUUCAUUAGAAUUCUCCAGAGAAUACGAUCAGGAAUCUUACAUAGGCCCAGUGCUGAGUUGUUUGUCCACUUAGUCACACACAACCUGGUGGGAAUGGAAAAGGAAAGAGAUGGCCAAACUCUGGCAAAGGCUUUUCCUUAUAGAAACAGCCGAAAAGCCUUGGUAAGUGUUAAUGUGUAAUGUCCGUGAUUUAAUAUAAUUUGUGGUUUAGGGAAAGGACCAGGAACAUGUUCUAAUUCCACAUAUAAUAAGGUAGUUGCCCAUUUGCAAGUUCCAGUUAUGUGUGUAAAGCAGAAAUAUGAAGUACCAAACCUAUUAGGAAAUAAACACAAACAAAAGGUGGAUUUGACUUUAAUUACUGUGUACUUGAGGUUGGCUUUGGAUAUGGAUUUUCUAAAAAGUGAUGUUUUAUUGUUUAUCAUCUAAUGGCUGUAAACUGUAGUACUAGAAUAAAAAAAAUUGGAAAA